GUUCAGUGACUCACAGCUGCGGCGGAGCAGCGAAGGCCAUAUGCUCGCUAGCGAGCCGUGUGGCGGGCUGUGCUCUUCUCCGACGAGGCGUCGUGCUGAGAUUCAGAAGCGAGGAGGAGCACGCCGUCGCUGCACUGAACUGAUAUCACGGCGACUGUGAAGCUAUGGACGAACGAGAGGUGCCCAGCGGCUCGGGGGAUCCCGACCCAGGCCUACAGCAAGCCAACGCAUUGUUACUCGUGCAAAUCGUGCCCUCGAAGCGCGGAGGGUCAAAGGCGAAGCACGGCGGCUUUACGUUUAACAUGGAAACCAGCAAAGGCAGUCGACGACACUGGCACUGCGAAGUGCGGGGCUGCAAGUCUCGGCUCACGACGGACGAGUAUGGCAGCGAUCACGUAGUGUUCAAGCUUACGGCGCACAACGAAGACGUUCAUCAGCGGGCGGACAACGAGAAGAAGCGAAGACGUAGCGAAGCCACCUACAGGCAACAGCCCACCAAGAAGAUCGGCGACUUCAGCUACAUCUUCGAAGAGCAAAUUGGUGAACAGUGCUGCUGGCGCUGCAAAUACGUGCAGUGCAAAGGGAAGUGCCGCACCAAUCGCGAUGGCCGCCUGGUGCUUGGACCGACGCAGCACAUAUGCAUGCAGCUUGGUGACAGUGUCCAAGUCUCCGCCGGCUUGCAAGGAAACCAAAUGGACAAUGAAGAAUCGACACACUCGAUACCGGAAAGUUUCAUGCGUCAGCAAGACGAGGAGGAGCGGGACGAGCCAGACGAGAAGAAGCCCAACCUCCGUCAACAAGCUGAACAGGAAGAGCUUGAAGGUAACAAAAUAUUCGACUCUGAGAUUGUCAUGUCAGAGCCUGGAAGCCAGUCCGAGCCUUUCGUCAAACGUGAACGCUCGCUGAAUUCAUCUCCGGAGCACGCUACGUCAGAUGGAAUGGCGGCUACGGGGGCCUGUGAGCGCGACCAUAAGAGGCAUCCUUCUCACUCGGGGAACGUCGUACUCGGUGAGCGAGCAAACGAGCAAGGUGCGUCGCUCUGCGAUAAGGAAAAUGCAGAAGGGCCACUGCAACCGGGUAAGACCGCCUGUCAGGAAUACGUGCACAUCCUGUCCGAGUCGGAAGAGGAUGACGGGACAGAGGACGACCGCUCCGCCGUAAACGCUAGCGCCAGAGAAGUCAAAGAUGACGCCGAACAGACGUUCUCGAACGUAAGCGCCGACGUGAAGGACGAGGUCCCAACGGACAGCGAAGGCAGUGGCCAUGAUUCCGACGAGGAAGAUGACGCGGAGCACGGGAUUACCGACCGCUCGUUCUUCGAGGAAGUAAACACGAGUCGCAGUCCGCACGCACGUUGCGCGCAGGUGCUGCAGAUGACGGACGAAAGUUGCGAACGAGAGAUGCGGAUAUCGCUGUUUCGACAGAUGUGUGAACUGCUGAAUGCCGAGACGGAACUGGCGAAACAAAGGUGUCGAAACGCGGUCAUUCGCGGACGACUGCUCGCGUACCGGCUCGCGGACCUUGAGCCCGAGACAAAGCCCACGUGAACUGUCACUUAAAGCCAAGAAAUCGUGCAACGUGUUGCGUUCGAGUCGUGCAGGUUAAAUGACAUCGGAAAUCGUGGCGAUCAAUAUUCGGAAGAAGUCCGCCUCGGUGGUUCAGUGGUUACGGUGCUCGGCUAUACUGUCCCGAAGGUUGCGGGUUCGAUCCCGACCGCGGCGGUCGCAUUUCGAUGGAGGGGAAACGUUCCAUCAGGAUGUUUGCAGACUUGGGUGACUGAAUGGUCGAUCCUAUUUACCUGUGAUUACCAUGUAUGUAGAAAUCACAAAAGUUGCACGUAGUUCUAGAUACUCGUAAUCGAAUUUCAAUGGCGAAAUUGAAACUGAUUUUGGCCCUUCGUCAAGUGCGCCGUUUGAGUUGUAUACGAAAUUCCACUUAGCUGCGGAGAGGUAUGCGUAAGUCAGACUGGACGGGGGUAUAAAUGAUAUAGCGAGGGGGCAUCUGCAAAAUGCAAAGAAGGAAAAGACGAGUUUAUCUCGUCAUUGUAAUGCAUGCACUUGUGAUCAUCGACUGGAUGAGAUUAAGAUUUUCGGUAGAAGCGGCAGUACGAAUGAGCAUGUGAUACUUUGGGAUUUGACCAUGUCAAACAGUGUAAAUGAUUGCAUUUGUGACCUCUCUAUUAUAGCGUGUAUAGUAGAGAGAAUGUGUUUAUUGAUACGCACGUGUAAUUACUCAUUUCAUUAUUCUCUUGGCGCCAUGUUUAUUCUCUUGGUGCUAUGUUUUCCUUUUCUUUUCCUGUACUUGUUGAGUGGUUUUGCUGAUGAAUAAACAGUGCGAGUUCGCGCUUAU